UUCUGUUCGACAUGUCAUGUGCUAAUUUGCGAUUUAUUAGAAUAAAAAUAAAUAGGGGGUGCAUUCCUAAAAUGUUUAUAUGUCCAAUAAUUUAUAGAAAAUGAGUGAGGAAACUCAAGAAACUGUUGUUCAGGAAGCAACCGAUUCGUUACAGUCUAUGAAUAUUAGAACUGAGCCUGUAGACAGUUCAGAUCCCGAACAUACCAAACAAAAAGUUGACAUCUUGCUGAAACCCACUGGCAAUGCCCCAAUUAUGAAAAAGAAAAAGUGGACUGUUGAUAGCGAUAAGAAAAUUGGAUGGAUAAUAGAAUUUGUGAAGAAAUAUUUGAAACUCGAACCUAAUGAAAAACUGUUCUUGUAUGUAAAUCAAACAUUUGCUCCAUCACCAGACCAAGUAGUCAAGAAUCUCUAUGAUUGUUAUAGUACAGAGGGAAAAUUAGUUUUACAUUACUGUAAAACACAAGCUUGGGGAUAGGAAAUCUAAUGUUUAUUUUAUUGGUUCUAUUUUUGUGAUAUGAUUGCAUUUAGAUACAUUUAAGUCAAUACUUUCUAUUGAUUAAACUUUAUUUAAAUAAAUUAUGCUGUAAAAUCUCAAUUGUUAUAUAUUACUCAUUAUAGGAAAAGUGACAAUAGAUGCACCUAGUAAGUCUUACCAGUAAAUUAAAUUACAUUUUUUCCAGUUUUAAGCAG